AUGAGAUAUCUGCUCAUCGCAUUGUACCUUAGCAGCAUUGUUGCCUUGGUUAGUUCCUUAAAGCAACGGCCCAGGUCCAGCAGGCAAUGGAGACGCAGGGAACGGGGUGCCCAAAAACAACGGCGAAUUCAAGAAGAAACGGAAGUGCCAAUCAUUCGCAAGGGAGGAAAAGGCAGCACAGGCUACGAUGACGAUUGGACAGACAAUCAAGGAGUCGCUGGAACCGAUGAUGGUUGGUUGGAUGAUAAUGUAGUCAUCAACAACGCCCAAGCCACUACAGAACCCAAGAAGGCCAUGGAGAAGAAGAGUCAGUAUGAUGAUGAUGAUGCAUCCCCAGAGGACGAUGACGAAGAAGAUGAUGACAAUGUCAUCGAAAAUGCACAGGGAACAGGAACACCGACCAUCAUUUCAAAUGCAGCAGAAACCCCGUCGCCCACAGUCGUAAUGCCUGAGGAAACUGAUGAACCCACUAUCCAGCAGGUCGAAGAAACCGAUAGUCCCACAGAAUCACCAACUCUGGAAAGCACAGAACAAGGCACCACCGAUACCCCAACUAUCCCGCCUUCCAUUGCUGCAGUCACAGAUCUACCCACUGCUAAUCCAACAACGGAAUCUCCCACUGAGUCUCCCACCGCUGAGGUAACCACGGAAUCUCCCACAGUUGAGGAAACCACUGAGUCUCCCACCCCUGAGGAAACAACCGAAGUCCCCACUGCAACUCCUACCCAGACUGAGACGGCAACGCCCACCAGCCCACCUCAAACUGAUGGAAGUGAGACUGGUGGAACUGACACGGAAGCCCCAUCUACCCAAAGUAUUAUCCCGGCGCCUACUCUAGACACUGUAACAGACUUUCCCACGGGACAGCAGGAACAAGGAAAUGCAUCCAGUCCUACCACGCUAUCCGGUGAUGGAACAGUUGGUGGUGAUGGUGGUGCCAUCUUUGAUGGCGAAGACUUUUACGGACGGCUCUUGGUGCCGUUUGCUGUGUCGAUAGAAGGCGAUCCCGUGACCAACGAUCUAGGCAUCACUUCUUGCCUACUCACUGACAUGCAACGGAACAUGUCCAACCUGAUCAACCUGGACAUUUCCAACUUUACCAUUGUACACUUUGAUGACGAAGAUGGGGAUGGCUACAACCGCUAUGAUCUAUACUUUAAUGGCUCGGGAUGGCUCAUUGGGGCACCGGUCUACUCACAAGAGUACUUUCAAAGUGUUCAGCUCAACAUUCUGGGUGACGGAGUUGCCUUUUACCAGGACUGUCUGGAUUCCCGAUUCCAAGGCUCGGAUAAGAGCUUUACAGCCUCGGCCCUGCUACAUGACCUCGCGCCACCGUCGGAUGAUGCCGACCCCAAUGCUGCCGAAUCCGAGGCCAAGAGCCCCGAAGACGAAACCAAACUGCGAACCAACCUCGUCAUUGGAUUGACUGUGGCUGCCGUGGUGGUGGCACUCUUGGGAAUUGUGUUUGCAUCCAGAGUGAUACGAGGCAACGAGGACGGAGCACCACUGCUGGAUGCCGCCGAUACGGAUAAAUGA